AUGGCCUUCCUGGAAGACCCCAGGCUGCGCCAGCGCUGGAACCAAAUCACGCACGACGCCGAAGCUGCGACCGAAAACGCAGCAGCCGGCAUAUUCGCCUUUCAGCAAAACUACAUCAACCCGUGCCUCGCGUCGAUAGCCGAUUCGAUCGAGCAAUGCACCACAGUGUGCCUAGGCGACCCGGACGAGCGGCUCCGUCGUCGUCGCGAACGCCAGCGGGCCCGCGAGAGCGCCGAGUUCAGCUUCGACUUCUACGACGAUUGGUACGAGGAGGAACACCCCGGCGGCGGGCUCCUGGGGACCUGGGGCGGCGAGGACUGGGACCGUCUGCUGGCCGGCACAGGCAGCGCCAGGAGGCAUGGCGGCGAUGCGAGCGACCAGCCACGGAGGAAGCGCGGCAUGAGCUACGGUACGAGGGGCAUGAGGAGGAAGGCGAGUCAGGGUGAUUCCACGAUUAUCCCGAGCACACAGCCCAUCGGGUUUCUGAGCAAGCUGCCCUGGAAAAUGGGCGGGACGCUGCGGUACAAGCCCAGCGCGGCGGACCUGCAGGACCAUCCGGGCAAGCACGACGCCGGGGAAUCCGCACCGCUGCUGGGCGGGGACGACGAGUCGGACUAUGGGGAGGUGCUGCGCAUGCCUAGGCAACGGAGCGGGACGACGGGGUCUGGGGAAACGUCGGACUCGUACCGGUCACGAGGGGAUUUGUUUCCCAGCGACGGGGAGGGGGAGGAGGAUGCCGUGCCGUUGGCCGACGACGUGACGUACGACAUGGUGAGGAGGGACGGCAGGAGCGGUGGCAAGACGAGGAGCGGCAAAGGGAAAACACCAGAGGGGGAGUUUGCGGCCUCGUCCCGGACCGUUUCAAGAUCAACACUGGGGUCGACGGCGUCGAGCGAGUCGCGCGAGUACGAGAGGACGGCCCCGCCGACGCCGGGCGUGGCCAACCCACCGACAAUGGAUGACUUGCUUGUAGAAGAAGCGAGGUUGCAGAAACAAGAGGACGAUGAGUUGGCAAGGAGGAAGGCAGCUGCUGCACAGCUUGCUUCAGAGCGGGGGCUGGGUGUCGACGGACAAGUCCGUGGUUUCGGGGAGGCGAGGAUGCCAGACGUGACAAUGAGUGAGAUUUACGACCUCCGGGAUGAGGCUGGGCCUUUGCAGGAUCAAGAUGGACAGGAGUCACCGCCGCGCACUCGGGGAUCGAGGGACCAACUAAUGGGGAGUCGAGGCGAUGACGCGCACGAAUCAAGUAGCAGGUCUACAUCGGCUUUUCACGCAGCAAGACUGCCACGCUUUGGAUGA